AUGGCGUCCUCCUGCCUCCAGGAAUUUCCUCGCGCCUCAGGCUCAGGCGACGACGGCGGACCGGCAAGGAAGGAACCCGAAUCAUUCUGCUGCCAGCUCGCUACUUCCACUCCCAUCACUCACCCCGAAGAAUUCGUCAAACUCCUCGAUCUCAUCGUCAAUCAGUCCAAGGAGAAGGAUCCUGCCGCUGGCAUCGUCUUCGCGUUUCUCAACUUUCCGAAGAGCAACUGCCUGUUCCCCCUGGCCUGCCUCGUCCACUUCUUCGAGACAUUCGUUCCUCAACCCAUCAUCACUUAUCUUACGAGCGACUCUUGCCUCAGUGCCGCAAAGAGCAUUGAUACCAUCCUCAUGGAGGCCAAGAAGUCAGAGCAGGGACUUUACAAGGACACGAAGCGCAGCUGCUUCCCAUCGACCGGCCGAAACCAUUUCCUCCGCCUGAUGAACGCAUCUGGUCCCAUACCCAAGGGUGAAAAAAGUGCAGCUGGUGCCACUCGCAGAGGCCUUCCCGAGCUCGACUAUAUCCUCUUCCAGGAAGAUCUUCCUUCUUAUUUCGAUCGUUCCGAGCGGUAUGAUAGCUUGCCCGGCGACCCAGUGAACUACCUCUUCUCGGCUCUGCCGCAAAUCCAGGAAGAUGACUCAGGCUUCAAGGGAAGCAAGAAGUCUGCAGAUUAUAACCGCCGUUUCGCCCUGGCCCUCUGGCCUUAUGCCAACUCCAGCAUCGAGGAUAUCAUCGCCAAAUCCGACGACAAGGCUGCCUCUGACUUGUGGUGGGCCGGGCGCUUCGCUUUCUCUCUCUGGGAUAGAUCCGACUUGUCUAUUCGAUGCUCCUUCACCCAGCUUCUUGGCGAGAUUGCCUUGUACCACAACUCUGAGAUUGUCGAUAAUCCUGCCCCUGUCAAGCCAAACCACCUUUGCGAAGCUGUUGAUGGUGGCCCCUGUCCCGGAGAGGCAUACGUUCAGAAGCAUAAGUGGUUGAAGUAUGCCCGCUGGAUUCAUCGUGGAAGAAAAGACGAGGAUGCCGACAUCAAGGUCCGUCUGGGCAGCAAGUGUAACUUGAACGAGCUAUUGAGCAUCGAGAAGUGUGUUACCUGCGGUCACGAGCGCAAGAUCUCUCGCUGUGGAGCGAAGAAGCCCAUGCACCACUGCAGCGGCUGCUACGUCGAGUGGUUUCCGCACCUUCGUCGAACUUACUGCGGCCCGAAGUGCCAGAAGAAGGAUUGGAAGACGCACUUUGAGGAGUGUCAGCGUCACAAGCACUUCAUCCGAGCCGUCUGGAUUCUGAAGGGCAUCGCGGACAAGUUCAUGGCCGCGACCUUUUCCGGCCAGGCCGUUGAUAUCUCCCCGAUCGAGGUCCGUGAUAACAAGACCAAGGCGCUCGACCUCAACAGCGUCCCCCGCUUCGCCGUCACCCCGGCUGCGUGUGCUGUUGGACCUUGGGUGGGGGAGCAGGUGUUCCCUCUCGGCAAGUCGUACUUGGCGGACAAGAGGAAUGAGGACCGCGCGAGAGCAUUGGCUUGGGAUGCUGGUGACAACCUCUACUACCACCUUCAGACUAUCAUUCGUCAAAUCGUCAGCCCGCUCUGUGACGAUGUGGUUGAGAUGCAGAUGUUCCUGCGCAAUGCCAACAGUAUUACCUCUCUUGCCGCUGAUCGGUGCCGCGAAGGCCCCGCCAUCAACACUGCCAAGGGCAAGGAUCCGAUGUUCUGGCCCCAUCCCGUUCUCAAUUGUCGGCUGAAGGGAAGCGACGACUUGUUCAUCAUCGACCUUCUUGGAGCCAAGUUCGGCUUUAACGAGAUCCUCCUCCCGGGCGAGGUAUGGGUCAAGUCUAGACUUGCGUACUGCGUUGGCUCAACGGUUGUCACGGACAUGACGCCUCACUGGUUUCCCCGCGAGCAGCAGGGUCUCGUCUCUUGCCGUGAUGAGGUCGCCUAUACUUGGAGAUCGUGCAUCAAGACUUACAUCGCCGCCAAGUGGCCCAAUGUUCCCGGGCCCUUUGCUUUGUCGCAUCUGAAGGAGCAAUUGUUCAGGGAGAGGACUUACAUGUUCAUGGUCCACUCGGACGACAUCUUCAGGGAGGCCACCAAUCGUCUGCGCGAGGAGAGACUCUUCCGGCAGUACCUUGUCCACGACCCGAACCCGUACUCUCACGAGUUUGCCAUUGGCGUCACCAACUGUCAGAAGGAGUGCGAUGUCUACGAGAGGAUCUGGAUGGAUCGGCGUGUGUUCGAUGUCAUCGUCAAGGGUGAGCUCAGCGAGCAAAACCAGCUGCUGCCCGCGGGGUCCGAGACCAUCCGCCUCGUCGCACUCUGGGUCGACCGGUUGAUCAAACACGGUCAGAAGGUCAAGUUCGACUCGGUCGGGCUCCUUGGUCCUCGCAUGGCCAAGCACUACAACAUCUGCACCACGCACUCGUUGGACGAGCUUCGCGAGAUUUCCACGCCCUGGCUCCUGUGGCAUGGCAUCUCCAAGGAUUCAUCCCAAAAGUUCUUCGAGCAGUGCAAGGGCAUCGUCACCGACUACAUUAGUUCGAAUGCGGCGACGCCUGAUCAGCUGCUUAGUAAAAUGGCGUCGUCCGACGGCCUCGCCAAGUACCUGCAGACCUUGUCGAUGGAGGAUGCGCAAGAGUUCUUGGAAAUUGGAUCAAUGAUCGAGUCUCCCCAUAACGCUGCAUCGAUUAAACAGCUGCGAAAGGAGCUUGAGAAGCAAGCCGGGGACAAGAAGAUGCCACCAAGGUUACCACAACAGGCCGCGCGCGCCCUGCGCAGGCUGGCGACGGCUUCAACCCCAAUCACACGAUCCUUCACCACCACGACCUCCUUCCUCGCCGCCCCGGCCGCCGCAAGCCUCCGUCUCCCCGCCGACUACGUUCCCGCAACGAAGCCUCCCUCCGCCCGCCCCCCCGAAACCCGCAAGUCCCAGCUCAUCAGGACCUACACCUCCCUCCUCCGCACGACGCCCCUGAUCCUCUUCUUCCAGCACAGCAACCUGACGGCAGACGAGUGGUCCGCCGUCCGCCGCGAGCUCAACAGCGCCCUCAUCGCUGCCACGCCCGCCGGCACCAACAGCCCCCUCGAUGGCCGUGAGGUCCACCUCCAGGUCCUGCGCACGCGCAUGUUCAACGUCGCGCUCAAGCUGGCCGAGUUCUACGACCCCGAGGCCGCCAAGGCCAAGGCCGGCACGCGGACGGGACCCCGCGGGCCCUUGGUACACGAUCUGAGUAUGGCGGCCUACGAGGCGAUGAAGGAUUUCGAGGUCCCCGAGGACUCGGCGUACGCGCAGAUCUCGCCGUUGCUGUGCGGUCCCACGGCGGCGCUGGUCUUCCCCGCCGUCUCGCCCGCGCACCUCGCGGCCGCGCUCAAGAUUCUGGCGCCGAGCCCGGGCAAGUUUGCGGCGCCGCCGAGGAAGAAGAACCCGGGGUACUACGAGCCCCUGUGCCAGAGCGCACUGCAGAAGCUGCUGCUUGUCGGUGGACGAGUCGAGGGCGAUGUGUUUGAUGUUGAUGGCGUCAAGUGGGUUGGUGGUAUUGAGGGCGGCCUCGAUGGGCUGCGGGCGCAGCUCGUGCAUAUGCUCCAGAGCGCUGGGUUGGGUCUUACUACUGCCCUUGAGGGCGGAAGCAAGAGCCUUUGGCUGGCGUUGGAGGGCCGGAGGACGCAGUUGGAGGAUGAGGGGAAGCCUAAGGAGAGUGCGAGCGCGGAGGAGACAAAGUCCGAGUAG